CGUAUAACCUGUUUGUAAAACGAAAACAUAUUUAAUAAUCGUAGAUUGUUUCUGGUUAUUUCGUGUUUGAUAAACUCAAGAGAGCAGCAGGAAGCUAACAGCUGUUAGCAACCGCAGAUCAACAAACAGGAAACUAGAGUUUACAAAGACCGGAUGUGACGACAGAAGUUAUGUGAAAUAAAAUGGACACAGAAUCCGUCUCUGGAUGCUGAACGUCCGCGCUCUGCUGGGGAUCGGCUUCCUGGUGACCUCGCGACCUUGCGCGGCCUCUCUGGCUCAGGCGGGGUCAUGCGCUGCAGCUGACCGCCACUGUUUGACGGGCAGAGCGGCGUCUACGAUGGCCCACGCCGUCAGACAUCUCGGGCAGGAGGAGGCCCAGAAGAUCGACGAGGAGCUGUUCAGCGAAUACGGCUUCAGCGUGGACCAGCUGAUGGAGCUGGCCGGACUCAGCUGCGCCACGGCCGUCACACGGGCGUACCCGCUGUCCUCUCUGGUCAAAGCCAGACCGUCUCUGCUGGUGAUCUGCGGACCAGGAAACAACGGCGGCGACGGGCUGGUCUGCGCCCGACACCUCAAGCUGUUUGGUUACGAGCCCGCCGUCCUGUACCCGAAGCGGCCCAGCAAGCCGCCGUUCCAGGGUCUGACCACGCAGUGCGAGAAGAUGGAGAUCCCCUUCCUGACGGACAUGCCUGAGGCGAAAGUGAUCGAUGAGGCGUACAACCUGGUGAUCGACGCCAUCUUUGGCUUCAGCUUUAAGGGCGCCGUGCGGGAACCGUUCGGCUCCAUCCUGGACGUUCUGAAGAAGACCACGGUUCCCGUCGCCAGCAUCGACAUCCCAUCAGGUCGGGACCACAAACGUAGAGUCAGUCACAGCUUCCUGAUUGGCUGAUGGAGAAACAGGAAACUGCUUUAUAUUAGAAGUUACAAUUCCAACUCCAGUCUGCUUGUCUAGUCAAAGUCCGGUCCGGUUGAGGUGUGAACGCUAACCGACCUCUGACCUCUGGUCCUCCAAACGUCGGUCUGGGUUUGGUUUGAACGCUAAGCGGACCAGAGACCGCUUCAGAAGCAGGAAGUGGACUACAGCGCAG